GCCCCGGGGCUCAUCGCCGUCCCCUCGGCGGGAGCGCUGUCACCUUGCACGGCCGAGGAGCCGCCGCGCCGGGCCGGGGAUUGGUCGGCUAAAAAUGCCGCCCUAAUCUCCGAGCUGAUCUUUACCCCCUCCCUCCGCCCCAUCUGCCGCGACCUGCCCGCGAUGCGCAGCGCCGGCCCCGGGAGAGGCUCCGCCGCUGUCCCCGCGGCCCCGAGUGCAUGAGGCUGGUGUUUGCCCAGGAAAGCCCCAGCGCCUGCGGGAGCCAUGUCGGGUUCCUAUGACGAGUCGGCAUCGGCCGCCGAGGAGACAACCGACAGCUUCUGGGAGGUGGGGAACUACAAGCGCACGGUGAAGCGGAUUGAUGAUGGACACCGGCUCUGCAACGACCUCAUGAACUGCGUGCACGAGCGGGCCAAGAUCGAGAAGUCUUACGCGCAGCAGCUCACCGACUGGUCCAAGCGGUGGAGGCAGCUCAUCGAGAAAGGUCCCCAGUAUGGCAGCCUGGAGAAGGCGUGGGCCGCAAUCAUGACGGAGGCGGACAAGGUGAGCGAGCUGCACCAGGAGGUGAAGAACAGCCUCCUGAACGACGACUUCGAGAAGGUCAAGAAUUGGCAGAAGGACGCCUACCACAAGCAGAUCAUGGGCGGCUUCAAGGAGGCCAAGGAGGCUGAGGAUGGCUUCCGGAAAGCCCAGAAGCCCUGGGCCAAGAAGCUCAAGGAGCUGGAGACAGCCAAGAAAGCCUAUCACCUGGCAUGCAAGGAGGAGAAGCUGGCCAUGACCCGCGAAGCCAACAGCAAGGCAGAUCAGUCCAACACUCCUGAGCAGCAGAAGAAGCUCCAGGACAAAGUGGAAAAGUGCAAGCAAGACGUGCAAAAGACUCAGGAGAAGUACGAGAAGGUGCUGGACGAGCUGAACAAGUGCACGCCGCAGUACAUCGAGAGCAUGGAGCAGGUCUUCGAGCAGUGUCAGCAGUUCGAGGAGAAGAGGCUCAACUUCCUCAAGGAGAUGCUGCUGGACAUCAAGAGGCACCUGAACCUGGCCGAGAGCAGCAGCUACGCCAACGUGUACAGGGAGCUGGAGCAGACCAUCCGCAUGUCGGACGCGCAGGAGGACCUGCGGUGGUUCCGCAGCACCAGCGGCCCCGGGAUGCCCAUGAACUGGCCCCAGUUUGAGGAGUGGAACCCGGACCUGACGCACACGAUAACGCGGAAGGAGAAGCAGAAGAAGGGCGAGGGGGCGGCCAUGACCAACGCCAGCAGCGCGGGCGACACGGGGGCUCAGGCGGGCGAGCGCGGGAGUGUGAGCAGCCACGACCGUGGGCAGACCUACAGCGCCGAGUGGUCUGACGAUGAGGGCAGUAACUCCUUCAACACCAGCGAGGCCAAUGGCGGCGCCAACCCCUUCGACGAGGAGUCGGCGGGGAAGGGCGUGAGGGUGCGGGCUCUGUACGACUACGACGGGCAGGAGCAGGAUGAGCUCAGCUUCAAAGCAGGUGAUGAACUAACCAAACUUGGUGAGGAAGACGAGCAGGGGUGGUGCAAAGGGCGCUUGGACAACGGGCAGCUGGGGCUGUACCCCGCCAACUACGUGGAGGCAAUCUAAGUCUUGUGGUGUGCUCCUCGUCACCGUCAGCAGAUAAAUCCACCCUCCGUUGUCUCCAUCUCUCCACCAGCCAACCAGCCAUUCUGCCGUCUGGUCCUUCACUCCUCACCCCUAGAGAUUCAGACAUAUUUUCCGACCAAGCUUUUAUUUUUUUAAGAGUUGUCUCCGAAGAGUAUUUUGCAUAGUCGCUUUCUUCUAAGAUAACGUGAAGCGAAAGAUGACGUUGUCCGUUCGUCUACGUUAGUUGAAUUUUUUUUUUUCUGAGCGAAAAGCCGAUACCUCAAGAUCUUAAAGCCCAACCAGUGAGAGCUCCUCGUUGGUUGGUUUUUAAAGAUACUGAAAUCAUGAGCCGCCUUCUGAUUGGCUGGAACUGUUCCGAAACGCACGGCGCCGAAGCUCCUGGGACCAACCAAAUUCAUCCCAGAAAACCAAGAGGGAUUGGAGUCUGACUCCGUUGGUUAUUUUUUUUUUUGUGUUUCCGUGUUCUCCCCAGUUCAUCCUCCCGCCCCGAGGAAGGGGGUGAAUGCCCCCUUCAGCCCCGUGGCCACCCUUGAGAUGCCCAGGUGAGGUGGGACCAGCCCCACCAUGGAGCUUGCUGGCAUCUCCUGAGCUUUUUCCUCCUCCUCCUCCUCCUCCUGGCUGGGCUGUCAGCACACCUGGAGCGGGCAGAGGCUCCCGAGCCGAUGCCCGGUCUGUGCUGCCUGCAGGGAGCAGCAUCGCCCUUUGGGUGGGCAGGUAUCCAACGCACACCAGAUCCAGGUGAGAUGGCCCUAAAAUCCAGCGCUGUCCGGAGAAGGACCCACCAGGGCCUGGUGCUGCUGGAAGCAGCUUCAUGCCCAGCCUGGGAUAGUGAGGACUGCCUUGGGGACAGUGCCCAUCCUCCCCUUCGUGAAGAGAGGCAGGAGCAGAGCAGGGACGGGGGAUGAGCAUCGUCCAGCCUUGCAGGAGCUGCAGCCCAGGAAGAGGGCUCAGGACACAGCCUGGGCAGAGCAGCUGCCUGGCCAAGACGGCUGAAAUCAAGACACGCCAAGGCAGGGGAGUGGCCGCAGGCUCUGCCCUUUGCUUGUCCCCACCGAGCUCUACCCCUCCUCCCCUGGGCUCUGUCCCCAGCCCUGCAGCUCCCACGGCUGCUGCCACCACUCCACCCCCUGCCUCGGGUGCGUUUGCCAUCCCCAACUCUUCCCUACAGAUCAUCUCUCAUUUCUUUCCAUACCAUCACCCUUAGCAGCAUCAAUGCCAUCGGCUUCCCGCACGCUCCUCCUGCUCCUUUCCUGCCCCCUCCGUUGGUUCGUGAAUUUUUUGGCCCCAGGGAUCCCGUGUUCUCGUGGAUGCAGGGGAAGCACCGUGUGCUGGGCACAGUGGGCGGGAGCCAUCCAGCCCCUGCCAGGUACCGGAAAAAAAACCCACAAAGUCAGAAAAGACCCAACCAACCACCUGUCUCAGCAAUGCACCCCGGUUUUUGUACAUUGAUUGUGUAAUUUAAGAAGUAUAUAUAUAAUAUAUAUAUAUCUCGUGAUUGUAUUUCCGUGGAUACAACAACAAAAAGCAGCAAGAGAAAAUAACCGAGCUC